AUGCCUCAGCUACUCAAAAUCGGGGUAUCCCAAUCCCGGACUCUCUCGUCCCUGCAAGAGACCUUGUCCGCCCUUCGUGAGACCACCCAGUCGGCUGCGCAGAAAGGCGUGUCCAUUCUUCUCUUCCCUGAAGCCUACCUGGGUGGGUACCCGAGAACGUGUUCCUUUGGCGCUGCGAUCGGAGCACGUACAGCCGCAGGUCGUGAUCAGUUUCUCGCCUACACAAAAUCCGCAGUGGACUUGGGCGAUACACCGUCGGGGGCUGGGGAUGACUGGACGGACAGAAAGCUGCCAGUGAACAAGGAGACCGGUCGGAGAGGAGAUGGGACCCGAGAGUUUCUCGAAGAGGUUGCACGAGAGACCGGCGUGUUCGUCGUGACUGGACUCAUCGAAAAGGCAGGAGGCAGUCUGUAUUGUGCGGCAGUAUAUGUCGACCCAAAGAGAGGUAUCAUAGGCAAGAGAAGGAAAACCAUGCCUACGGGGUCGGAACGGCUGGUGUGGGCGCAGGGCCAACCUUCCACACUGAAAGCGGUGGCUACGACCAUCAAGGGAAUCCGCGUGGUCAUGGGAUGUGCGAUUUGCUGGGAGAAUUUCAUGCCUCUGUUACGGUACAGUCUCUACAGCCAGGGUGUGAAUCUAUGGCUGGCGCCUACAGCUGAUGCGAGGGAUACGUGGGAACCGCUGAUGAAGACUGUUGCUGGAGAGGGCCGCUGUUUCGUUCUCAGCACCAACCAAUGUAUGAAGAAGAAGGACUUGCCUACUUGGGUCACAGGCAACCCAAGCGAGUGGUUGUCGAAGCGGCCGAAACCCGAGUCGGAGAUAUUGGUGAAUGGGACUGCUUCUUCACACCACCACUCGGUGGGUAGUGGUGGCCGAAGGCUGUCCAUGACCCGGACGGAAGAAAAUCACGAGAUUGCAUGGCGCUGCAAAGACUCUCCGAUCGACGAAAGCAAACCCCUCGAAUCGUCGACACAGGAAGUAAACAACACCGCAACUCCCUCUACGCUCCCUGACGGUGAGGAAUACGUCACCCGAGGCGGCGCCUGCAUUGUCAACCCGCUAGGCCAGACCAUCGCUGGCCCAGUAUGGGAGAAGGACAACGAGCUCCUAUGGACCGAGGUCGACUUUGAUGAUUGCGAGAGGGGACACUUGGAUUUUGACGCCACGGGCCAUUAUGCACGCCCGGACGCGUUCAAGUUGACCGUCGAGGGGCUGGAGUUGAUUCCACCCCCUUGA